AUGAUUCCUCAGUUAAGCCCAUUCUCAUCCUACUCCCUGUUACCAAAUGUAUCUAGUACUAGACUGCUUCGCUUUGGGAUCUCAUUCGUGCAACUCUGCAGAAACUCAUCCAACCAGAGUGAAAAAGUCAGUGACUAUGGUGCAGCUGCUACUAGGUUACGUUUUGCAGUUCCUUUGGUAGCAUCUCGUUUAAAAAAGGCUGAAGGUGUCGGUGGUGGUGUAACAGGUCGGAUGAUGUUGCUAAGACGGUAUGUUUCAAAGUUAAUUGACGAGGAGCGCAUCGAGUUACCAUUUUCACAUGCUACUGAAACUCGAUUAUACGCUGAGCGUUUGAUUCAAGAAGGUGUCUUGGCAUCAGCUGAACAGGAUCUCGUUUCACUAUUUGAACUCUGGAAAAAUUCGAAUGAGCCAAAAACUGACAAUAAUGUCAAUAUUGGUAUUCUAGAGCUUUCUGUGUUUUGGUUGACUGAUGAACGUUUGGUUGAAAAAUUAUUCAAGGUAUUAGUACCAAGGUAUCGGCUGUAUGAGCAUGCAUACACUAGUCUAUUUCGGAUUGCUGGUCCAGUUCAUCCGAUAAAAUAUGGCGGUACUAAAUUGUUUGGAAUCUUAGAACUGCAUGGAAAUCCAUGGCCACCUGUUCGUGGUCAUGGCAUAGCUGGACGAGACCUAAAUCCGGAACCAUUUAAAGAUCGUUAUCUUAUCAAUGUUCUACUUGAUGCUGCACGUGAAGCAACAAUUAAGGAUAAUUCUAAACUAUCCAAGUCAUCACCUCUCCCACUUGAUUAUGAACUGCGUCCAGUCGAUUAGUUGUAUGUGAUGUACUUGUGAAAUACAAAAGUUUAUGUAAAUAUCUUCUCUUAUCUAUUACAGGAUCAUACGAUUUCAUACUUAAGCUAGUUUAUAUUCAUCAGAUCAUUAAUGUUCCAUAUUUCUUAAAAAUAUUUGAAAAAACCUUUCAUAUUAUGAAAUAAAUUUUCAUUUUGAUACUCG